ACAACUAUUAUGAAGCGGAGAAUUAUACCCACAAUUAUGAAAAUUCAAAUUAUUAGCCAAACGUUAACUUUCUGUUAACAAUUUAUGUUUUAAAGUUAUCAAUUAAAAGCAGUCUGACGUGGCUGCUGCCGUGGCCGAUGACGUGGCCUUCUCCUUUAAAGAUUCAAUAAUAGUCACGGACAGUUAGCCAUAUCUUGACCCGCAACAAUAGUUGUGGCUAAUAAUUUGAAUUUACAUAGUUGUGGCUAUAAUUCUCCGCUUCAUAAUAGUUGUGACCAAUAUAUUGUGUUUACCCAAGAAAUAAAGAUAAAUUUCUAAAUUAUUUAAAUAAAAUUGCAUAUAAUUUAAAUAAAAUAAAUGGACAUGCCCACCUCACCUCGCUUACAAAAAUGUAUAAUUUAGACAGAAAAUUUAGAUAGAUGAAUCCGAUCGAAAUUGCCAUAAUGUCAUCUCAAUUUUUUUUACAGCUGUAAUCCUUUCCGUGGAGAAAAAAGAAACAGGGAAACCAAAUUGACUCAGAGAAAUAUAAUUGUCGUUUUGGGGGAUUAACAAUGGAAAACGACACAAAAAGGGAGUCUAUAGAAGCAGGGAAAGGGGACGACGACGCACGAGGCGCAAAGACUUGAGCCCUCCUCGGUUGGACUCUCGCCCAAAUCUCUCCAAUCAUUGAGGAUUUCAUUCAUUUCUCCAUUUAAUUUAUUUCGAAUUUUAUAACACAACACAACAAUAAAUAGAGGCAAAAGCUUUGAUGCCUCCACCAACUCGGUUUGGUUGGACUUGUUAGUUGUUACGAAAUAAAAUAUAGGAAUGGAGUUGUGCACAUCAUUAUAUAAUUAGAGUCGCGUCGAUACGAUAAUGGUGAACGAACGAUAAUGUGACGUUAGAGAUGACUAGUCGUCAAUACCAACAACGUAUGGUACUGUUGACGAUCCACUAAUUUCAAUUAACUAUCGUGCCCAACUAACCACCACAACAACCACAAAUUAUCCACUAAAUUUACAGUCAAGCCCAAGGAGGUAUCGGAGUCCCGAGCCCAUAGUUAAGGGCCAGCGGAACGAGGGCGCUCACAAGAAAGUCCAAGCCCGCCACUAUAAGGCCCUGGAAAAUUCUAUAGGCCCAAGGAGUCCAGCCCAUAACAGGUCGGCAACUCCGUUUCACAAGUCACCAUCCGUCCAUCCGCAGUCCACGCGGUCGCUUUAUUUUAAAUCCCGUAAUUCCGUUUUUCCCGUCAAAGGUCGGCGGGGGCGACAACCGCCACUCGCGCAGUGAGCCACUCACAGCGCAGCGAUUGCCACGUAUGCCCGUUCGGCAACCUCCUCCUCCGCCACGUGCCCUCGCCUCCGCGCCUUUUUUCAUUCCUUCUUCUUCGGACUUUCUCCUACCUUCCUUCGUCACCAUCAUUCUCUCGCACCGUUCUACCCACAGCCCCUUUCUUCUCUCUCGCGCUCUUCUUCUGAUUGUUCCCGAUUAUUAUUUUUUUCUGGCUAUCUUCUCAUGGGGAGGGAGUUUCCAUUCGUUAGUGACAUGGCUGCUGCUGGAAACGGCGGCGGCGACGACGGCUGCGGAGAUCAGGCGACGAGUCCCGUGGUCGACAUUUACCCUCUCAGUAGCUACUACUUCGGAUCGAAAGAUGCUCUUCCUUUCAAGGACGAGACUCUCGCUGAUCGACUCUACAGGAUGAAGUCCAACUACAAUGCUCAGGGGUUGAGGACUUGCGUCGAAGCUGUUAUACUGGUGGAGUUGUUCAAACACCCGCAUCUGCUGCUGCUGCAAGAGAGGAAUUCGUUCUUCAGCCUGCCUGGAGGCCGCCUUAGGCCGGGCGAAACUGAUGUCGACGGUUUGAAGCGUAAGCUGAGCAGGAAGCUCUUGGUCGAUGACAGCGAAAAUGAUUGGGAGGUUGGGGAACGCCUUAGUACGUGGUGGAGACCGGACUUCGAAACACUAAUGUACCCGUACUUACCGCCUGCCACGAAAUCACCCAAGCAAUGCACAAAACUAUUCCUAGUCAGGUUACCAGAGAGGCUGGACUUCAUCGUGCCGAAAAACUUCAAGUUGCUUGCUGUGCCACUCUGCCAGGUCCAUGGCAACCAAAAGACGUAUGGACAGAUAAUAUCGGGAGUACCACAGAUGCUAUCCAAAUUCUCCAUCAACAGGGUGAUCCCAUAAUGAUGCAGAACUGAGCAUAGUGUGAUUGAAAUAGGUUGUAAAGUAGUCGCUAUAUCGACAUGAGAGAGCUGUUUCCACGCGAAACCGGGUUGCCAGAGUGUGUCUGUCUCAUACUUGCAGACCUUGAAACUGUUUUCCUUUCUAUCUUCGAGUGUAUGUGUGUAUUGUAUACAGGGAUAGGUAUGGCUUUUGAGCUUAUAGUAGAAGGGUUAGAAUGUGCGACAGGGUAUACAUCAGCUUCCAUUGUAAAGAUGGUUUCUUUCUUCUGUAUCUGUAUAUGACUUUAUGGACCGCGACCGGUAUUGUAAUGAAUUUCGCUUAAACGGCGGCUUGGUGAGAGAUUUCUUGUCUGUAUUUCUUCUAGGUAAACUACUACAGUACUACUUGAUGAGUCCAUAGAUGAUUUUGGACGUCUGCUUCUCAUUCAAAUCGACAGGGACAUGUUGCUAGAGAGAGCUUUGAGGUUAUGAAAGAUCUUCAAGGUCCAUAUACACACGGGGACACACCAAACGGGCUAUGGAUUCAUGGAUUUUAAAAAUCGUGGGAAAGCUUGUACAAAUCCAAAAUCCAAACCCUACCCUGAAUCCAUUGGUUCUUGCAAUUAAUCUGUGUGGAGUAAUUUGGUCUAAGAAGUGCAUUUCGCACGGGCGAAGGCUCGAAGCUGUUAGCAACAGAAUUUGGACCGACUUGGACUAUAAAGAAUAGUCAACUCUUCUCGAAAUUCAAUUUAGGCUAAUCAUUAUUGUUCCCAAUGAGAAAAAAGAUGUCUUGUAGUGUUCAUAUUGCAAAAUGUUUUAUUUGUCUUUCCUAUUAGUAGGUAUUACAAAAUUGUUGUUAUGUUUUGGUAAUUCGACACAAUUUCAUUUGAGUUUUUAGUCUUGUACGCAUUUUAAUAAAAGGAAACACCUAAAACAAACACACUAUAUGAAUCACUCAUAAGUCAUAAUGCUAGGCACAAAAGCGGAACAAAAACUAUUCUAAAAGAUUUUGUGUGGCACUGAAUCUAGUAGGCUACUAGACACACAAAACUCUAAUUUUGGAUCUAGAGUUGAUAUGAUAUAAAGGCGAUCUCAAAUAUUAAGAUUGUCUAUCAUAUCAAAGUCCAAGCCAAGCCACCAUUUUGGAGUGAACCGUGGAGGCGAUCGACCCAUCUCGUGCAACCAACAAAUCAACAUGGUAAGAAUUUUAUAUACAAACAUGUUGGAGGCCAUCAACCACGUGUACUAUGCCAUCCAUUAUGGCUAGAGGUGCAACCUAGAGCAUGAUGGCUAACGAUAUCGACAAUUACACAUAUUUUACUCUUUAUUUAUUGAUCGUUUGACUUGGUAAUCAUCGUCACUCGACAUAUUUUAUGUUAGAUUGUGAUUCUUUCAUUAUAUUCAGGUCCUAGUACGUGUGGGAAGGUCGAUGACGAGUUUCGAGACAAUUGGAGUUCGAAAAGUGCCAAAAAGCUAAGAAAAGGUCAAUGUCACGGUUUGGGGGUAAUUGUCACGACGUCUAGGCCGUGACAAAUGAGCCCAAGGUGUGACAAUUGCAAGGAUCAAAAGGGUUUGCACGUCUCACGGGUGAAUCAAUUGUCACGAUCACCGUGGCAAUUUCUAGCUGACCGUGACAUUGGACCAAAACGGCAGAGAACACCUGCGUUUUAGGAUGAGGUCACGGCCAGGGCUGCCAAUGUCACCCCGUGACAUCUGACCGUGACAUUAGCUCUCGGGCUGUAUAAAAAGACAACAACAGGGAGAGAGAAAAGAGAACUGAUUUUUGGAGAACUUGGUUCUCUCUCGGGUUUCGACCCAUAACACCAAAGAGGAGUUCUAGAGAGGGAGAAUUCUAGAGUGAUCUUGGAGCUUAAUUGAAGGUUUGGGUUGAUCUUGAAGUCAAGGAUUCAAGUCUUGAAGAUGAAGAUCUUGAGCUGUUCUAUAAUCUCUCUCAUCUUCUCUAUGAACUAGACCUCUUUCUCUUAGUUGAUGAAACCUAGUUCUAGAUUUUGGUUUGUUGUUGAUGUAUGUGACAUAUCCUAUGUUUGAUUGAUGAAUUUAUCUAUUUGAUGGACGUUUUCAUGGAUCUCAUGAUUUUGAAUUCCACUUCAUGUCACUCCUAUCGUAUAUCGUCCGGGUAAUCCCAAGGGAGUUGACUCGAUCGAUCUCAUAACGAUAUAUGAAUCCCUAGGUUGAAUAGAGUACCUUUCCAUCUAUCACUUCGCCGUUACGGGUAAAUUCUGAGUGAGUCGAUCUCAUAACAGUAGGGUAGUGAAUCGAUCAAGUUAUGAUAGUACCCAACAUCGAUCCAAAUGAUAAACUAGAGUGAUUCAAACCUAAGAGAGCUCCACAACAUUUAAUUAGCUAGAGUAUUGGUUAGGUUAGUGUAGCUAGAUUAGUUUCUUAAUCACUAUUCUUGUUUGGCUAGAUAACGAAACCUAAACCUGAAGUAAGGUACACCUAGGAGAUCCGUGAUUCGAUAAUUUUUAUUGUUUGUUUACCCUAUGUUACACCCGGUCGUCGAUUAUGCGUGGUCGUUGAUUGAGAAUAUGUAGUUAGAGUCGAGCCAAAGACUAGGACGGCGAAGACACAAGAUGGAGUGGAGGGGGAGGAGGAUGAACACAAGGAUGAGAUGAGGAGAAUUACUGAACUUGCAAAGCAAAUCGAGCAACAAGAAUAGUAAGCGAUAAUUGAGUAUGCUAAAAAACUAUUAAAUUAUGAGACUAAUGACACUCAAUUUAUAAUGUUUAUAUCUUCUAUGUUUAACCAUAUUUUCCUCAUUUCCGUUGUGACACUAACUAUUUUGGUAUCAAACUACUUUUUACUUGGUGUUAUUUCAUAUGUGUAUUCCAAUUAUUCUAGGACCAUUUUGGUACUUUUGAUAUCUUUUGGAAUAUUAUUUCGGUGAUUUUCAAGACAUGAUAUCGUUGAGGGGAGAACACGAGUGCGUGGAACUAGUCAAGAACGAAUUCGAAUGCCUGGUGAAAGGAGAUAUAUUGAUGGAAGUCUCAAACCAACAGUGCUAGUCUCUAAUCAAGGUCCAGGGGGAAU